CUCAUCGAAACGCGAAAGCAGUUCCAGAAUUGCGUGUAUGGAAACCUGGAGGGGUCCAGUGUAUUGAGCCGAUGUGAACGUCCCCCAAAUCGCGGCGUCGUUCUUCCACCGACCUUCUCCACCAACGAUGGGACGACACCAAAGAAAAACCACGAAGAGCACACUAUCGGUAAACCCACAGGAUGCCUACUAGGUUAUACGUCUUCGGAAGCAACGGAGAAGGUCAACUCGGCAUCCCCGCGGCAGAAAUCGUCUACACUCCCACCAUAGCUCCAUCCUGGGCGGGCGGGCUCCAAGCAAUCCGCGGCGGUGACAACCACACCCUCUUUCUCACGGCUCAUGGUAGAGUCUACGGCGUGGGAGAUGGCCGAAAAGGCCAACUUGGAUCUCUGAACACGGAGACGCCGAGGGUCGAGAAGUUCAAUUACUUGUAUCACGGCGUGUCGUUUUGCGCAGCUACUUGCGAAUCUUCCGCGGCUGUCGUUAAUCCUGUGGGCGGCGCCGAGAGCGCAGCGAGUACAUUGUACACGGAAGGGGCAAGUCAUUGGGGUGAACUAGGGCUUGGAGAUAUUACUACUACCGUGGGACUAAGCAAGGAAUCUGUCAGACAAGAGCUGCCAGGUCGUGUUAUCGACCUCGCAGCAGGCGGAUGGCACUACGUCGCCAUACUUUCGGACGGCUCAGUCUGGGGCUGGGGAAAGUCACGGCUUGAUCAGCUUGGUCCAAAGCUAUCCACACAACUCAAGAUAAGGCGACCCACAGGCAUCGACGAGGCCGUCCCCUUCCCACCCGUCAAAGUAGUCUGCGGCAAAGAGUUCACAUACCUCGCUUCUUCGCCCUCUACAGGACACCACUACCUCCUCGGCCGAGACAAACACAACCUCUGUUCCUCGAUGCCAUCGUCCAUCAAGAACUGGAAAGAUAUUGGCGCAACCUGGCACGCCAUCUUCGUGCUCUUCGAAGACGGCAGCUUGAUAGCUUGGGGGAAGGAAAACAUGUGGAAACUGAUUCCGGAGGGCUUGCCGCCGAUUGAUAGAAUCGCGGUGGGAAGUGAGCAUGUGCUUGCUGUCACGAGGGAGGGUAAGCUGAUCAGUUGGGGUUGGGGGAAGCAUGGGAACUGCGGGGAUCUGAAGCCAUUGGGGGACAGGGUGCGGAAUGAUAUGGUGACAGGGUUUUGGAAUGACAUUGAGAUACCUGGAACCAUUAGGUUCGUUGGCGCUGGCUUUUGCACGAGCUUCGUGCUUAGCGAAGUGGAGGAGGAGGUACCGGAGCUAGAAACGGAAUGAAGACUGCAUGUAUUGCAGUUUUUGCAUUGCAUCGUAAGUUUCGCUCGCCAUGUUCUCCGGCACUGAUUCUUCUACUCCAGUCUCAUCUCUGUCUACCACAAACCCUUGAUUUGCGACACCCGCUGGCUCGGUGCUAUCCCCUCAUUACUAUCCGUCGUCUCCUGCCUUGAGAAGCUCCCCGUGUCCCGGAAGGUGGGGAAGUUCGCGGCGUCACGGUCCGCACUCGCAUCCCAGCCUAGUGUCUCCUCCUCAUUAGUAUAAUCCACCGGCUCCCACCGGGCAUCUUCUUCCUCUUGAUUGACGAACAGGCUCUCGUGGUCCGCUUGUGGUUUUGGUGAGGCCGCCCUCUUCUGACCC